AUGACACUUGAACAAAAGCUAGGUGGACUAACCAUCCACAACAAUUUCAGCGCAACCUCUUUCCAGAACGUGGAAAAAGCAGAUUUGCAGGGCCCCGGCUACAAAUCUGCGGUCUUCUCUGGCAAAGAGGACCAGAUGGUCCAGGUGAUGGACGAGCUCGACUCCACAGGAUUCAUCCCCGAGAACCUGAUCGAGUCUGAAACAAGGUAUUUUUACGAGUCGCUUGGCAUUGACGACACAUAUUUUGCUUCAGAGUCCGUCUCUGUCAUCGUCUCGCAUAUACUUGCCCUUUAUUCUGCAAAGGUGGAUGCCUUUGCGAGAGGGCUCACGGAUCGCCCGUUCCUGCAUCAUCGCCGUGAGACCGACGACCACGCUGUCUACUUUGAUGCCGCAGGCUGGGACGAUUUUGAGCAGGAAAUUGACGACAAAUACCUCGAUCGUGCCGUGGAGGAAACCCCCUACCGCUUGGAGUCCUUCAAUUCCAGAUUGCCGUCCGGUGACGUGGUGAAAUGCCAGUUUGUUUACAAAUGCAAGUUCGACACGCAGGGGGUGUCGGCCGGCAGCGACAUUGAGCACGUCGGAGACUCCACCUUUUUGAAAACUGCCACUCCCCACACUAAAUUGCUAUAUUCAGAAGUUUUGAACGAAUUGGCAGCCACCGAGGGUCCCGUGAUUAAACAUUUUACUGUGGCUGCCACGGGCGAACAAAGGAUUAUCAUUGGGUACCGCCGUAACAGCUCGCCUCGUUACAGCUCGGCACUCAGCACAUUGGCCAAGUACUACAAUGUGAACCUCAGACGCAAGUAUGUGGAGAACUUUGCCAAUGGCUAUUCCAUCAUCUCCAUGUACAUCGACUACACGGAUGGCCUGAGUCCUGAUGCUACCAUCUACCAGAUGGCCAAGGAGGCCUCUUUGUUGUACUGCAUUCCGAACAACAUGUUCUACAGCAAGUUCGCCAGCGGUGAGAUGUCCAUCCAGGAGUCUAUCUACGCCCAUUGCGGUGUCAUCUUCGUGACACAUUUCCUCAACAGACUCGGGCCGGAGUUCAAUGCGCUCAGAGAGCUGCUGUCGCACUCUGUCUCGCCACAGCACGCUGAAAUUAUCAGCAAGAUUAAAAAGAGACUCACGUCCGAGACGUACACCCAGUCGUACAUUGCCGAGUGUUUUGAAAACAACAAGGACCUGAUCAGCCAGCUGUACAGACAUUUUGUUGACCACCACUACACCUCGACCUCGCUACAGUCCACUCUUUCCUACCAGAGAGUGGAGAAAGUGAGUCCGAUCGAGAACGACGAGGACUUUGAGAAGGCGCUCAACAGGUCGGCUUCAGCCAACGAGGGCCACAAGCUCGUUCUGCGGGCAUUGUACUCGUUCAACAAGAGCGUUCUCAAGACCAAUUUCUUUGUCACGUCCAAGAUCGCGCUCUCUUUCAGACUGAAGCCAUCGUUCCUGCCAGAAACGGAGUAUCCACAGACACCAUUUGGAAUGUUUUUCGUUGUUGGUUCUGAUUUCAGAGGUUUCCACAUCAGAUUCAGAGACGUUGCUCGUGGAGGGAUCCGUAUCGUCAAGUCCCGGACCAAGGACAAUUACUUCACCAACAUGAGAACACUGUUUGACGAAAACUACAACCUCGCAAGCACUCAGCAGCGCAAAAACAAGGAUAUCCCAGAAGGUGGGUCUAAAGGUGUGAUUCUGCUGAACCCUGGCGCUGCCCAAGAACGUCCGAAGGAGUGCUUCACCAAGUACAUUGACUCCCUGCUGGACCUUUUGAUCAAGGAUCCUCGUAAAGAAACCAUUGUGGACCUCUACAACAAACCAGAGAUGCUGUAUAUGGGGCCAGACGAAAACACUGCAGGGUUUGUGGACUGGGCUACUCUGCACGCUCGCAAGAGAGGUGCCAAGUACGGCUUCCCUUGGAAGGCCUUCUUCACCGGAAAGUCGCCUACUCUCGGUGGCAUUCCUCACGAUGAGUAUGGAAUGACGUCUCUUAGUGUCAGAGCGUACACGGAGAAGAUCUACGAAAAGCUGGGUAUCACCGACUUAGGAAAAAUCACCAAGGUGCAGAUAGCUGGUGGAGACGGAGAUUUAGGCUCAAACGAAAUCAAGCUGUCCAGAGAAGAAAAGUACGUUGCUAUUGUUGAUGGCUUUGGAGUGGUUGUGGACGAGGACGGACUGGACAAGAAGGAGCUGUUGAGAUUGGCGCACGAGCGUAAGGGCAACCAGCACUUUGACAAAUCCAAGCUUGGGCCUAAGGGCUACUUGGUUUUGGUCGACGACACUGAUGUCAAGCUUCCAGACGGCCGUGUUAUUGCCAGCGGGUUGACGUUCCGGAACAACUUCCAUUUGACGUUGAAGGAGAACUUCCCGAACAACUUCAUCAAGCUGUUUGUUCCGUGCGGAGGCCGUCCGAACUCACUGGAUGCCAACAAUGUGCACAGCCUGAUCGACGAAAAGACCGGCAAGAGUAUCAUUCCGUUCAUUGUUGAAGGAGCUAACCUGUUCAUUACGCAGCCAGCAAAGCUGAUGCUGGAAAAAGCUGGUGCUAUUGUGUUCAAGGACGCCUCGACCAACAAGGGUGGAGUGACUUCUAGCUCGCUGGAGGUUUUGGCAGCCCUCUCGUUCGAUGACGAAGGGUUCCUCAAACACAUGUGUGUGGACUCUGCCACCAAUAAGGUUCCGGAGUUCUACAAGCAGUACGUGAAGGAGGUUCAGCAGAUCGUGGUUCGCAACGCACGCAAUGAAUUCGAGCUUUUGUGGUCGCUGAAGGAGCAGACAGGCAAGCCUUUCAGCAUCCUCAGCGACGAGCUUUCUAUGGCUAUUAACAAGUUGGCCGACGAGCUGGCCUCCUCCAAGGAAUUGUGGGAUGACGACGAGAAGUUCAGAAACGACGUGCUUACCGACGCUCUCCCUAAUUUGCUGCUCAAGCAGAUCGGCAUCCAGACCAUCCUCAAGAGAGUGCCUACGGCAUAUCUGCGGGCGAUCUUUGCGACUCGUCUGGCAUCGGAGUUUGUGUACUCUAGGGGAAUCGACAGCAACCCUGCCAAGUUCCUUGAGUUCAUUUCUUCUCUGAAACGGCGGUUCGAGGCUGCUCAGCGGACCGUCGGCUAA